AAUCGCUUCGCGAUGAUCAAAUCUUGCUUGUUACUGUGGUUCUUGCUAAAAAUUUCGAUCCAGUGUGUAGUGCCUAGUUUCAAAAACAACAUAAUAGAGGUAAAUUUUCAAAAUCAAACAAUAAGUGGUUGUAUAUCACCGGACACCAUUGGAUUUGAAGGUACAAUUUCCGAUAUAGAAGUAAAAAAUCAAGAUAUUCAAGAUUUAAAUUACGGUGCAGUUCAGAGAAUUUCAAGCAAAUUUCGUAUCGACUUCGUCAGUACCAACAUCGAUAUUAUAAGAGCAGGAGCCUUUUUGGAUCUUCCCAAAGUUAAUGUAAUAUCUUUCAUGAGCAACGAACUUUCCUGGAUCAGUGAAAAUGCAUUUCAAGAUUUGCCUUCGUUAAAUCUAUUGUACCUCAACUAUAAUAAGAUCGCCGAUGUGUCGCCGCGUGCCUUUAAUAACCUUCCAAACUUACAGACAGUCACUUUUAUCGGAAACAAUUUGGAAAAUUUUGACCAAUCGUGGUUUUAUAAAACGCCACGUCUUCUAUCCUUAAGAUUGGAACAGAAUCGCUUGCGUAAUAUUCCACGAAGUGCCUUUAUCAACCUACCGUCUAUUGGGUACCUAUGGAUUAAUACAAAUGAAAUAGAGUUCGUCGACAAAGAGGCUUUUAAAGGAUUAAGAAAUUUGCAACUUUUGGAUUUGUCUGAGAACAAAUUGAGACGUUUUAACUUUAAUUUCUACACCCCUUCGAAAUUGAUGGAUCUUUCCAUUAAUAAUAAUAACAUAACGUACAUAUCUGAUGAAAUGCUGGACAUAAUACGAACUAAGUUAUUGGUACUUGAAGUAACCGAUAAUCCUUUGCAGUGUGCAUGCCUGGAUAAAAUAAUACAGUGGAGUGACGCCUUUAAUAUAAGUAUUCCACAGAGGAAAUUGCCAGAGUCCGGCGUCGUUUGUACAGUUCCAAAGACAAAACCAAGCCAGUGUCUUGAAAGAAGUGAUGAUGAUUUCCAUAAGGGAUUCUGGGUUAGUUUUCCACGUGAACGCACACGAUGAUUUUGAAGAAUUAAUUACAAUAGCAUUGUUAUUUGUUAGUUAAUAUAAUAAAAUUUACUCAAAGAUCUCUUGCUACAACAACCAGGGUUUGUUCUGGUUAAGGGAAAGCUGACUAGUUCCCGAUUUUUAAGCUGCCAUUCACAGAUAUUUAAAUUACGUAUGUUUUAGAUAAUGUUUUCUUUGCUUAGUGAAAGACGAGGUGAAAGACUAUAAUUCAUACGCUCUCCAGUGCUGAGGCAAAGCAAAGGGGUGUGUCCAAAAUAAGGAUGUCUGUCUAUCAUGGGAAUCUGCGAAACCAUAGAAGAUAUGACGCUGGUUAUCAAUAAUUUUAAACUUUGCUAAUGAAAUACUGAUCUGCAUUACCAAAAAUGCGCUUUCAUGAUGCAUAUGCUGAUUUACAACUUGUUUAUUACGAAUACAACGAUGUACGGCACACAAAACAACCAGGAUAGCAUAAUCCAUCAGAAAUCAUCAACAAAUGUGUUCCAACACUUCACUAUAAAAUAAAGGCAAUAAAAUAAAUAAAUAAAUAAAAUUUUUUUGUAUCACGAGAAUAUAAUGUGUCAGGUGUUUCCGGUAUUUCCGAGGGGGUAACAUGUUCUCAAAUUUUGUGACAGUAUUGC